GGAGAAAUGUUCACCACCAGAAAAAUGAGAGAGUCAUUUGAGAGAGUCGCCGCCCCACAAAAAAUAAUUUUCUUCCAUUCUUCUGGGUAGACAUUAGGACCGCGCAGACUCAACGGCUGGAGCGAUAUAUUACUCCAGUAUACGUACCAUAAACAACGGGGAACGGGGGGAUCGACCCGGAGAUUAUCUAACCGACGACUUUUUGCACUUCUGCUCCAAAGGAACCGGUGUGAAUGGAGUUUACGAACCCCUUCCUCAACACCGAGCACGUUUUAUCCACUUAAAUCACAUCUUCUCCGGUCGCAGAAAGUGUGUGGCUCACUUUUUUGCUUUCCCCGUGGAGGAGGACCCACUGUUGAUAUUAUAUUACCCUCUCUCUUUGUGCGCCCUCCCGCUUCUCCAUUCGCCAGACGCGGAGCAGAGCCGCAUCACCAUCAUCAUCAGCGCUCUGUGUCUCUGCGUGUGCAGUCGGGACCCGUGUGCCCUGCUAUCCCACCACCAUGAAUUCGGAUAUUAACAUGUACUUGGGGCGAGAGAAAGCGGGGAUCAUGCGAAAGAGAGCCCUGCUACUCAGGAAAGGCUGCAGUUUCGAAAUAACGAGCUCAGCAUCAGAGGAUCUUGGGUGCAGGAGAGGAGAGUUCAGCCGGAAACACUAUGGAUCAGUUGAACUGCUCAUCUCCAGUGAUGCAGACGGGGCCAUACAGAGAGCUGGGAGAUUCAGAGUGGAGAACGGUUCAAUAGAUGAGACCUCUGACUACACGCCUGGAACAUGGAGGAGAACUGACGUCCAUUUGGAAAACCCAGAGUAUCACACCAGAUGGUACUUCAAGUACUUCCUGGGAAAAGUUCAUCAAAACUACGUUGGGACGGAUGCAGAGAAGAACCCCUUCUUUCUGUCUGUGGUUCUGUCAGACCAGAACAACCAGAGGAUUCCACAGUACCGAGCAAUCCUCUGGCGCAAGACGGGUACUCUAAAAAUCAGCCUUCCAUACAGUCCGACAAAAACACUAUCAGUCAAAUCUAUAUUAAGUGCCAUGAAUGUGGAUCGUUUCGAAAAGGGCCCGAGGGAGAUCCUUAACCCGGAGAUUCAGAAGGACUUACUGGUGCUGGAGGAGCAAGAGGGCAGUGUAAACUUUAAAUUUGGUGUUCUUUAUGCCAAAGAUGGACAGUUGACAGAUGAUGAAAUGUUUAGCAAUGAAUCAGGAAGUGAGACUUUUGACAAAUUUCUGAAUCUCCUCGGCGACACGAUCUGUCUGCAGGGCUGGGCAGGUUAUCGAGGAGGACUGGACACUAAAAACGACACUACAGGAAUAAAUUCCAUCUACACAGUCUAUCAGGGUCAUGAGCUCAUGUUCCAUGUUUCCACCAUGUUACCUUAUUCUAAAGAGAACAAGCAACAGGUAGAGAGGAAGAGACACAUUGGGAACGACAUCGUGACCAUUGUGUUUCAGGAGGGAGAUGACGCCUCUCCGUCCUUCAAACCCUCUAUGAUUCGCUCCCAUUUCACACAUAUUUUUGCCUUAGUUCGAUAUAAUAGCCAGAAUGAUAGUUACAGGUUGAAGAUUUUCUCAGAGGAGAGUGUGCCGCUAUUUGGCCCACCCCUCCCUUCCCCUCCAGUGUUCACAGACCACCAGGAGUUCAGGGACUUUUUACUAGUUAAAUUAAUAAAUGGAGAAAAAGCCACUCUUGAGACCCCCACUUUUGCUCAGAAACGUCAGCGUACACUGGAUAUGCUGAUCAGAUCCUUGUACCAGGAUCUUAUGCCUGACAUGCCCAAGAACAUGCUGAACCGACGCUCAUUCAGUGAUGUACUGCCAGAGUCGCCCAAAUCAGCCCGUAAAAAAGAGGAGGCACGUCAGGCUGAGUUUGUUCGGGUGGGACAGGCCUUGAAGCUGAAAACUAUAGUUCGAGGGGAUGCGCCCACCAGUCUAGUCACCACUGGCCUUUGCAGGAAAGAGCCAUGGGAGUCACAGUCGUUCUGCAGUAGCUUCCCGUAUGAUAUAGUCUGUGGAGAUUCAUGGGGACAGUCAUUACUGGUUGCCACAGAUUCAGCAGGGGUCAUGCUGCUGGAGGCCUCAGAUCCACUGUUCUCCAAUGCAGAUUCACCAACCCUGCCUCCGGUGCAGGUAUUUGACAAAACCUUGACUGUCAAACAGAUGCACGUGCUUGAACCUCAGGACCUUCUCAUUGCAAGAGCAGAUAAGGGAAAAGAUGCUCGACUGUAUGUUUACAGACUGAGCACGCUCAAGCGAGGGAUAGAAGAGCGGCAGCUUGUCCGCACCAAGUGUGACAGUCGAGAGAACAAGCUUGAGAAAACCAAAGGCUGCCAUCUCUACUCCAUAAAUACACAUCAUGGGGUGGAGCUCAGAAUUGUUGCGGCGAUAAGAAACAAGCUCCUUCUGAUCACCAGGAAACAGUCACGCCUCGAUUGCCUCAGUUCUGUCGCUACAGUCACAGGGACUUCUGACUCACCUGUGGAAGAGUUCCAAUACAUACGGGAGAUCUGUUUAUGUGACUCACCGGUGGUCAUGGCCCUGGUUGAUGGCCCAACAGGAGAGAAUGAUCACAUGAUCUGUGUGGCCUACAGACAUCAGUUUGACUUGAUCAAUGAGAGUACAGGAGACGCCUACAGACUACAUCAUGUAGACUCCAACCGGGUGAACUUUGUUGCUGCCAUAGAUGUGUAUGAAGAUGGAGAGGCUGGACUUCUUCUUUGCUAUAACAAUAUUUGCGUCUAUAAGAAGGUGUGUCCGUUUAACGGAGCAACACCCAUGAUUCAACCCAACACUUCAGACUUCCAUUUCAGCUGGAACCAAAUGCCCAACGCUAUUGUGUGUGCGUUCCCGUAUAUCCUCGCAUUCACCACUGACUCCAUAGAGAUCCGACUAGUCGUAAAUGGCAACCUAGUAUAUACAGCUGUUGUUCCAGAAUUGCAACUGACUGCAUCCAGAUCUGAUAUCUAUUUCAUCUCGUCAGCACCUAUAAACUCUGCCUCUAACUGUAGCUCCAGAGACACUAGUUCCCAGAGUUCCCCUCAGACUCCCACCGGCUACGAGAUGCCCGUCUUCCCUUCACCUCUUGGAGAUGAUUGUAUUCGGAUCCCCUACGGCACCAAGCUAUCCCUCUACAUGUCUAAAGACUCUGAAGGUGAAGCUCCCUCAAAACACAUCUAUAAGAUCCCAUUGAGCAAUCUAGUUGGACGGAGCAUAGAGAGGCCUCUCAAGUCUCCGCUGGUCAAUAAAGUGCUCACGGCACCUACCCCCAGUGUGAUCGGCCCCGCUCCCAUGAUCGCAAGCACAACAUCCCUCUCGCUGUCUCGCAUGGAGAUCAAAGAGAUCGCCAGCCGCACACGGAAGGAACUGCUGGGUCUGACUGAGGAACCCAGCAGUAAGGCAGAUGGUAAUUCAGUGAAACAGAGAAGGAUGAGCAAGAAAACCAAGGAGGAAGAACAGAGGAGAACAGCAGAGAUCAGCACCACUGAGCAAGUGGGAAUGGAGUCUUUAGAUGGAGAAACCGAUGUCCAGCGGCUUUGCUCAUCUGGCUCUGAGCUGGAGCCACGAGACGACAGCCCACCCACGGCCAGCCCUUUUACCUUCUCCACAUCUUUUGAGGAGGAUAUUUUGGACCUUAAGUGAUGACAAUCACAGUGCACCUCUCACCUUACACAUCCAACUACCUUUUACUUUAUAUCAUUCUUUUUACCAUGAUAUUUUGUGUUCUCCCCAGUCUACCCACUCAUCUGUGUGUGCAAAUGAAUCCCCAGAGCUUUAAACUUGAAGGAGUUUACAGUGUGGUGAUGUCAAAAUUUACUCCUGGUGGAUGUAUGCAUGUGUGUGUGCGUGUGUGUACGAUCCUGUGUUUACUCUCUAUAAAAAAAAGAUAGAAAUACAACUAGAAAUUCAGAUGGUCAGCUAUCAUUUCUGAAUUCUGAGAAAAAUUACCAAAAACGCCCCAGAAUCUGAAUUAGUCAAGGUUUGGUUUAGUUUAUAUGAUUGAUGAGACACAUUCUCCAUCAGCAUUGGGACAAAUUUGUAGCUUUGUAGCAAACUUGUAGCCAUAUGAACAGAAAUAGGAUAUUUAAAAAAGGUUUAAGACACAAUUUAAGGUCAAGGCAGAAUAUUACUUUUAACUCCAAGACCUGAAUGUACGAUUGACGCUCCUAAAAACAACGAAGCAUAUUUUUUAACUCCUUAUUUUGUGUUUUUAAAUGUUUUCUAUGUUUGUGAUUUGUACAUUGUGUGAUUAUUUCAAAGUUGUAAAAAAAACUCUAUAUGCAUCUCGGACCAGAUGCACAUGAACAUACAAAUGUAAACAUACAUAUAUAUAAAAAUAUAAAAUAUAAAUAUAUAUACCUUUCUAGUUCUAUUGUAUUAUGGAGAAAUAAAACUCACUUCUUGUGUAUAUCAAUGUUAUGGUCUAACCUGCCUUCACCCUCACCAUGCUUUUAAACCCUAACAUGCAAACCCUCUGCAGAAAGGGCAGGAGUCUCCCACAAGUGCCAUUUUCUACUGCAACCAUCAACCACUAGCGCCCUCUAUCAGACUGACCAUGGAUUGCAUAUGUCAUGAGGCAGAAGCAAACCAACACCAUUACAAAACACAGUUUUGGUCACUACAUCUGGUAAAUCUGCAGCUGUUUACUAUAUGCUAACAGUAUGAGCUUUGAUCCACAAACAUCCGCAUUUACAACGCAUUCUUUAAGUGCUGUUGCUUCUUGAAAAGGGCUCUGGAUCACCUGCAUGCCUCCCUUCAAUCCCACUAUGAAAUAAAAGGGAUUUGAUGUAUUAAUGGUUUAGAAUUAGGAUGUAUUAUCUUUACUCUUCUCAUGGAUUUGGUACAAAUUGAAAAAAAUAAUAAUAAUAAUAAAACCUCUAGGAAUUAAAGCCAGGGUUACUUAGAUUAAAUCUCCGACUCUGGGUUAUACAGCCAAAAAAAAGGAAGCUCCACCAAUGUCUUUGUCUUGUUUUCUAGUAGAAUCUAAACAAUCUUAAAAGAAGAUGAACUGUAUUUGAGAAGCGAAAAGAUAGUAAGGCCUUUUCUAUUUUCUUUACCCCCCGUUUUUAGGAUUUAAGCAUGAACCUCGUAUAUUUCAUAUUUAUAUUAGGGACUACUUAAGGAUGUUUAGAUAUUCUGUCUGGAAAACAACACAAAAUAGAGAAGAAAAAAAAAUGCUGUGUAAUAAGAGAACGAGAAUAUUGAUUCUGCUGUUUACAGUUCAAACUCAGAGAUGUUUAAAGAAUGUCAUCAAAGUGACACCAGAACACAAGAGCCUCAGGAACAGCACAAGAGGAGGUGUAAGUAUUAAACUGCUUAGCUGAAUGCAUGACCCCCCUUCACUCUCAACCUUUCUCCAUCUGAAUGUGAACCACUCAACACUAGUAGCAGUCUGGACUAAAAAGGGAAAACUAAGGAAUAUUUUUGUAAAUGAAAAAUUUUACAUAUUAUUUAUUUGCUAUUUGUUGUCUUUGAAGGGAAUGGGUGAGCCAGAGACUGAUGGAAUAUAUUUUUCUGUUCUUUUUUUUCUUUUUUCUUUGGCAUACUGUCAGUUGUCUUCCCCCUCCCUCUGUUCACUCUCCUCUAACCGUUUUUGCAGUGGUUUUGUAUCUAUAUCGAUAUUAACUGUUUAGACUGUUGCAGAAACUCUGUGAUAUCGGAAAUUAAACAAAAAUGAAUUAAAAAAACACCAAGUGUCUUAAAAUAUUGUAUUGCCAUUGUUUUUAAUGCCAAGUACUACUUGUAAAUGUUUGUGUUUCAGAUGUGGCCUCAAAAAUAUUACUAUUAUUAUUAUUAUAGCAUUUAUUUGAAAAAGUUCUGUAGCCCACUGCUGUAGUUAAUAUUGUUCAUUGAUAUGAAAUAAAUAUUUAUGAAAUUUGA